GACGGGCGGACGGCGAUAGGGACACAGGCAGGCACACUGAGAGAGCGGCCUGCUUGGCAGUGUCGGGAUUCACCCCCGCGUGUGUGUGUGUGUGUGUCAAAGGGACGGGCGCCGAGGAUCGCCAUGACAUCGCGAAGGUGGUUUCAUCCUAACAUCACUGGAGUGGAGGCAGAGAACUUGCUACUUACCAGAGGGGUUGAUGGAAGUUUCUUGGCCCGGCCAAGCAAGAGCAAUCCAGGUGACUUCACGCUUUCAGUGAGGCGAAAUGGGGCCGUUACGCACAUCAAAAUCCAGAACACCGGUGAUUACUAUGAUUUGUACGGAGGGGAGAAGUUUGCCACACUGGCUGAGCUGGUGCAGUACUACAUGGAGCACCAUGGGCAGCUCAAGGAGAAGAAUGGUGAUGUCAUUGAACUGAAAUACCCGCUCAACUGUGCCGAUCCUACCUCCGAGAGGUGGUUCCACGGACACCUCUCGGGGAAAGAGGCAGAGAAGCUGCUGACGGAGAAAGGAAAGCCGGGAAGCUUCCUUGUGCGAGAGAGUCAAAGCCAUCCUGGGGACUUUGUUUUAUCUGUGCGGACUGGGGACGACAAAGGGGAGAGCAGCGAGGGGAAACCAAAAGUCACUCACGUAAUGAUCCGAUGCCAGGAUGGAAAAUACGAUGUUGGUGGAGGAGAGAAGUUCGAUUCACUGACAGACCUGGUGGAACACUACAAAAAGAACCCAAUGGUAGAGACACUGGGCACUGUGUUGCAGCUCAAACAGCCGCUCAACACGACACGGAUUAAUGCAGCUGAGAUUGAAAGUCGAGUGAGGGAACUGAGCAAGCCGGCUGAGAUGAUGGACAAGGUGAAGCAAGGAUUCUGGGAAGAGUUUGAGACACUACAGCAGCAGGAGUGUAAGCUUCUCUACAGCCGAAAGGAUGGGCAGCGGCAGGAAAAUAAAAAUAAGAAUCGGUACAAGAACAUCCUGCCUUUUGAUCACACUCGAGUGGUCCUCCAUGAUGGAGACGUGACUGAAGCUGGUUCUGAUUACAUCAACGCAAAUUUUAUUACGCAUGACAUUGAUAGUAAUCGAACCACAACCAGGCCAAAGAAGAGUUACAUUGCUACACAGGGCUGUUUGCAGAACACAGUGAAUGACUUUUGGAGGAUGGUUUUUCAAGAAAACUCGAGAGUAAUUGUCAUGACAACAAAAGAAGUGGAAAGAGGAAAAAGCAAGUGUGUUAAAUAUUGGCCAGAUGAGAUGUCGUUGAAGGAGUACGGUGCUAUGCGUGUCAGGAAUGUUCGUGAGAACCCAGCACAUGACUAUAUUUUAAGAGAGCUCAAACUUUCUCAAGUAGGACAGCAGAGCACUGAAAGGACUGUGUGGCAAUAUCACUUCAAAACGUGGCCUGAUCACGGUGUUCCCAGUGAUCCGGGUGGUGUUCUGGAUUUCCUCGAAGAAAUUAAUAUCAAACAGGAGAAUAUCCCGGAAACUGGACCAAGCGUGGUUCACUGCAGUGCGGGGAUUGGGCGCACAGGAACUUUCAUUGUGAUCGACAUCUUAAUUGACAUUAUCAGAGAAAAAGGUGUGGACUGCGACAUCGAUGUUCCCAAGAGUAUCCAGAUGGUGCGGUCACAACGCUCCGGGAUGGUUCAGACAGAAGCACAGUACAGAUUCAUUUACAUGGCCGUCCAGCACUAUAUUGAAACACUGCAACGUCGGAUCGAGGAAGAGCAGAAAAGUAAGAUAAAAGGCCGUGAAUAUACAAAUAUCAAAUAUUCCUUAUCGGAUCUGACGUGUGGAGGUGAUCAGAGUCCUUUUCCGCCCUGCACACCCAAUCCCGUGUGUACAGAGAUGAAAGAUGAGGGUGGCAGAAUAUAUGAAAAUGUUGGCUUGAUGCAGCAACAGAAGGGCCAUAGAUGAAAGUUGCCAGUAUUUGGUGCAGAAUGGAAAGGAAAGGAGCAUUGAGGUGGCUGUGAAAAGCAGAGGAAAAAUGAAAAACACUUUGGGUGUGAGUAAAAUGGAAACGACGACCAUCGAAGGCUUAGUUCAGAGUAUCAUGGCAUUUCUUUCUCCACCAUUCCCCACUUAAACACUAAAAGUGAACGACAGCCUCCCUGAUUUCAUGAAGAUACUCUGUGCUAAUACAUAAAGCAUCACCAUACUUUAUGCAUCACUGCUUUUCAGUAUUUUACUGAUGUGGAACCCAAGUGCCUUUUUACAGCCUCUCUGCAAUCAUUUACAUCAUGUAAUUCUUUGAGAACAUGAACUCAUUUUAACUUUUGUUUAAAUGCUGAAUAGAUUUUUUAAAAGUAAUAUUUAGAAAAUCGUACAUUCAUUUGGAUCUUUUAGGUAGUUUGCCUUUAACAACAUAUUCAGUGGCAUUGAUGUAGACCAUGAAAGUGUCAUGUGUUGUACCUUUUGCUUUCGUUGUUUCAAUCAACAGCUUAAAAAUGGAUUGUUGGCAUUUGCACACAGGAUUUGCCCUCCAAUUCUUUCCUUCCUGUUAAGUUGCUGGAAGUAGUGAGACUUUUUAAAAUCUGUAUGUGUAAGAAAAUGUUUCACUGUGCAUUGCCUUGCUGUUCCAGUUGAUACUGUGUUGGGGAAUAGAUAUGUGCUAAUGUGUUUAUUGUUUCAUAUCAAAACAUUUUUUUUAAUUUUGUGCCAACAAGGUUACUCUCCCUUGAAAUAAUGAGAGAAUCCAGUGAUGUUAGUACAGUUGAACUCUGAUGGUCAUAGGUCUUGCUCUCCACAAAUAUGAGACAUGAUUCAGGUGCCGGUCGGAUGAGAGUUUAGUUUGUAUCCUAGGCCACACAGUUGAUGAAAGUUUGCCUGAAUACACCCUGUAUUAAUUUACUUUUAGUAUUCAGUAUAUCGUGCGGUAAGCUGCAAGCCUGGAGUAGUCCAAGGUGUGGCAGUCUCCUGAAAGAGAUCUCCACCCAGAAAUAUGUGUAGAAAACGUAGAAACAGAUGCUGCCAGACCCGCUGAGUUACUCCAACACUUUGUCUAUUUCCACCCAGAAACAAAUGAUCUUCCUCCCGUGUGCCUCUAAAAUCUGAUAUCUGCCUAUGUCCAACCACUCCCACUCCCAGCCAGCUGACCUCCUCAAUCCUUUGUCAUUCAGUAUUACUUACAGGAUUUGGAUGUUCCACAUGAAAGACUCAUAUUUGUUUUAAUCAAUACAUAUAUAAAUUUGCAUGUUAUUUUUUUAACAUAGUUUUAUAUGAAUCAUUUCAGUCCUCAAAUUGGGCACAAAAUUAAUGGUACCUUCAACAGUGGGUUGGAUUUCUAAUGUUUCCAUGAAGCAAUGAAUCGGGUGGCUGUACUUGUCAAACUGAAUCUUGAAGCCAACAUGGCUGACCUGGCAUUUCUCUGAAACCAGCAAAAGUGCAGGAUUAGGGUUCUCUGGGAUUAAUGUGUGUGGAACUGAAGCCACGAAGAGGAAAUUACACCACAGAUGUAUGUAAAGUCCAAGUACCAAGGGAAUGUGUUGGAUGUUAUUUAUUCCAACUCCUUUCAAGAGCUUGAGGAUAAAGCCCAUAGAAACCUGGACUUUCUCAUCGCAGGUGUUACUGGCAUCAGUAGAGUGAAAUAGGCUAUUAAUGUAGGACUCUGCAUGUCCAUUCCAGACAACAAUGGCCUAUGACCUAGAUCAGGAAAAUACAGCAUGCUUGCAUUCCCCUCUACACCAUGGCUGGCUCCCUUUGAUCUGGGCUUCAGAGAGCUGGUGUUGCCUUCCCCAUUUGUUUCCCUGCCAUCUCCCCAAAACCAUGUUUAGGACAAUAAGCCAUAUUGGAGACCCAAUGAAUAUUCUUGUGUGGAUUUGCAGAAUCGUGGAGAAUGGGUAAACAAUUAGAUGGCAUUAAACUUGUAUCACCAAUAUCUUCAAAGGAUCAAUGAAGGAAAAAUGAAUCAAUUUUGCAGCUCCUCCAUUGUCUUCUUUGUGGGAAAGCAUUAAAUAGGUAGUGUCAUAGCUAUAAUAUCCAUUAUAACAGACAGACUUAGCAUUAUUAAAUGACAAAUACUUGCAGAAAGCAUUGUUUGUACUUGAUCCGGAGUAGGAUCAGCCACAUGAUUUAUUUGCGUCUCGGCUAUGAAGUAUGUUAGAAUUUUUCAAUGUGCUGAUUUUACCUUGAACGGUGUGUAUUAGUCACUGUGCCAAAGCCACUAGCGAAACUUAAUCUACCAGGGAGUGGAAGAGUUCAGUGGCAAAGUACAAGUUCCCCGUGCCCUCUGCUGUUAGCACACUGUGGGUGGCUUUCCCCCAAUGAUACUGUGACUUGGAUAGUCUUUUUCAUUGAAGCUCCAGUAUCAGGCCACAACUAAAUAUAUACAGAGGGUAUGACAAGAAUUUUGAGCUCUUGAAAUGGAACUCUAAACAUGAUGGCUUUGGAAUAAACUAGUCUGAGUUAAUUUUCCCUAAACCAUUUCAUGCUAGAACUAUUUAAAUGUCUAAAAUGUGACAAAAAAUAUUUUAUUAUUUACUGAGUACGACUGUUGUCUGAAGGAUUUUAUGCUUGAAUUGUAAUUUUGUGAGGUUAAAAUUCUUUUAGCUCCACACUGCUUGUGACUCUUUUGCUAGAGUAUGGGUUGUGAUUUGAGACCAGGCCUCAAUUGUAGGUCUGUCACCCAGCUGGGAAAAAACACACCAGGACAUCCCAGGAAUGAAUCUCUUUUCUUUGUAAGAAAUGUCUUUCCUGACUUGCAUCAGUGCAGAAGAUCCUGGUUUCUGCUCACUGUCUCUUGACUCCAAGACACCCGAGAGCAAGAAUCCUGGCCUGGGAAUGAACCCACGAUAACCAGCUGCUGUGUGUUGAACUUUUAAUACAUAAAAGUGGUAACGGCUCAUUCAGCUCUACUGUUUGAAUAUUAAUUGGAAAGGCUGCAUGAAUUUGGAAUUCAGCACUUGGUUCAUUACUGCAUUAAUCUGCAGCUGACAUUGUCUUGCGAACGAGCUUUUAACUUCAUAAUGUUUAGAUUGGCAAAAUAAAGAGAUAACUUUAGAAAGUCGUGGAUGUAACCAGUUGGCCUAUUAAUGUGAACUGAAUUGCUCUCAUGUGUCAGAUUAUUACAUGGGCUGGUUGUUUGUCUGCAGAAUUUCAAAUUGAAUAACACAUUGUAAACAAUCAAAAUAAUGGUGCAAUGAUCAUAAAUGACAUUUGCUUUUUAUUGCCCAUCCUGUAAUUUCACGUUUUGUCAAAAUUCAUACCAUUCAGAUGUCUAGUUUAUGUACAGACACAGUAAAUGAUUUUCCUAUAUUUAUAAAAGUAUAUAUGGGUGGUAGUAGAUUUCUUUUUGCUAGUCAUGCUGUGAUUUUAAAGCUACAUAAGCUGGUUAUCAAAGUAUAAAUGUAUUUGUAAUGUAUCAGAUCUAAAAUUAGGAAUAAAGUCAUUUUAUAUAA